AUGGUUUCCUCGUGGUGCUGGAGCUGCCUUUCGCGGCUGCGGCCAACACCGCGAGCGCUCCCUCCGCCGUCGGCCGCACCCCGGAUAACGAGCGCCCCCUUCCACUCGACCGCGAUUCAAUUGGCCCAGCCGGCAAAGAAAAAGGGGCCCAGCUUGACCACUGCCAAGCACAGACAGGGACAUCAGGUGCGAAGGAAGAAUAAGAAGCCCGUCGAGAAUCCAGUGCGCCCCCCGGCCGCCGGUGAACGCAAGGCUUUGCGGAAGCGCAUCGUGCUCAGCAACCCCAAUGCCCUCGAGGUCAAAGGCAUGCAGGAUCUGUCUCCAGGGACUAUGAUCGAUGGCCGUCUCCGCGGGACGGUUCUCGGGCUGCCUGUGCCCUUAUUGGAUCAAUUGCGGGCCGUGCAGGCGUUUAAGCCUAAGCAGGGCUGGUCGAUAUUCCGUCGGCCUGGGACCAUCAUGCGUCAUGACACGAUUGAAAUGGGCCGCUUGUUUGAGAAGAUCUCUGCCGACGGAGAGGGCGCGCAGAAGGGCCAGGUGGUCAAGAAGAUUAUCUCGGGCGCCAAGGGUACUGGCAAGACAGUGCAUUUGCUGCAGGCCAUGACUAUGGCGUUCCUCAAGAAAUGGGUUGUUAUUGCGGUCCCUGACGCCCACGAACUCGUGGCCGGCGUCUCUGGCUACGCUCCCAUCGAAGGCACCAAUCCGACGCAGUAUACCCAGCCCGCUGCCACUUCAGCUUUGCUGGCCCGCACCGUCGAGGCCAACCGGGAGGUGCUGUCUAAUCUCCAGGUCUCCCAGCAACAUCCCGCCUUGACGGCACUCAAGCCUUCGUCGACACUGGAGGAACUUGCCAGCCUUGGGUUCCAGGAUCCCGCCAUUGCCUGGCCCGUUUUCCAGGCACUGUGGACCGAGCUCACCGCUACGGCUGCAGCCCCCGGCAUGGAGAAGAACUUCCAGCCGCGCCCCCCGAUGCUCGUGACCGUGGAUGGACUCGCGCACUGGAUGACCGACAGCGCGUACCGCACGGCAGAUUUCUCCUUGGUCCACUCGCAUAACCUCAUCUUCGUGAAGCACUUCCUCUCGCUGCUCCAGCCGGGCCAGUCCCCAUUGAAGAACGGCGGUCUCCUCCUGUACGCCACCUCCACCUCCAACAACCCCUCCGUCUACGGCCUCAAUCUCGGCCUGGAGCAGCUGGCCGCCCGCCAGGCUGGCAUCAGCCCGUCCUCACCUGAGUACCCGCAACCGUUCGCCUUCAGCGGCGUCGACCCCCGCGUCAUGGACCUGUUCAAGCCUGCUGAAACUUCGUCUGCCAAGGAGGGCCCGCUCGAGGUGCAGACCCUUGGUGGUCUGACCCGCGACGAGACCCGUGGCUACAUGGAGUAUUUUGCUCAGAGCGGCUUGGUGCGCCAGGUUAUCGAUGACCAUUGGGUGAGCGAUAAGUGGAGUCUGUCUGGUGGUGGAAUUAUCGGCGAGCUGGAAAAACUGGGUCGUCGCGUUCAGAAUGUGCAAACUGCCACGAACUGA